CUGUAACAUACCUAACAAAUAGUAACAACUCAACACUCUUCUUCUUCUUCAUCUCUCAAAAUAAUCAUUUCCCUUUCUUUUCUACGACAAUGGCAACAAGGAAGAACAAAAACUUCUUGUUCCUAGGUGGAAAAGACAGAAUUACCCCUCUACCUUCAAGCACAAGUACCCUCCAGUUUGAAUUUGAUGAAGCUGAAAUGUGGUCCAAUUCUGAAGAAAUAAAUGUUGUUCAUAAUUCUGAACAAAAAAUAUCUAUACCAAGUUCAAGAAUUUCGAAGAAAACUACGAAAAAAGGCGAUAGGAGGGCAAUUUCGUCAACAUCAUUGCCUGUUAAUAUACCAGACUGGUCUAAAAUACUAGGUAAUGAUCAGAAGGGCAGUUUUGGAAAUAAUGAUGUUGUUGGUUAUGAUUAUGAUGAUGACGUGGAUUUCGAUUAUGAAAGUAGAAUACCCCCACAUGAAUAUUUAGCAAGGACAAGAGUUGCUUCAUUUUCAGUACAUGAAGGAAUUGGAAGGACAUUAAAAGGAAGAGAUUUAAGUAGAGUUAGAAAUGCUAUUUGGAAACAAACUGGUUUUGAAGAUUAGUGAAAGUAGCCUUGAUUAAUUAGUAGUGAAGGGUAAUUAUGUUUUUUUUUUUUUUUUUUUGGGGUUUUUUAUUGGAUUAAUGGGUUUUUUUUUUCUUUUGUUGUAAGUUUUGGGGUUAAAUGGACUGAUCCUCUGGUUUUGGUGGUUAUUUUUUGGCUGUGACUUCAACUCAGAGGAUUUAAUGUAAGUUUGUAUUAUUAGAUUUUCUAAUUAGCUUGUAAUUUUGUACUUGAUGAGUUUUGGGGAUCAACUAUGUAGUGAUUAAUUUAAUUUGUCUUUUUUUUUUUCCUGAUAAAUAAUAGACAUUUUUCUUUCA